UUUACAUCAUGGCGGCUCAGCAAACGUAUCCCCGAUGGUUAAUAAAUUGUAAACAGGGAAUCAGCGAUUCAAAGGAAUGGAACACGUUUCUGGCAGAGUUACAUGAGGCCAUCCAACAACAGCUAACAGAAAGUCAUGUCCAGUAUUUCACAGACUUGUCUGAGGCAGAGAAGGAUCUGUUCAUGGAAAGAGCCACAGCCGCUAUCGAAGGAGGUGGUAUAUUCACAAACCUGUCUAAGAAGGUCUCGGUUCUCCUGGAUCAACACCUUAAUGAAGAGGUUUCACGCCAACUGUUGGAGGAUGCUCCUGUUGGAACAAAAUCCGACCUGAUUAUAGAGAAUGCAGAAGAGGGCUCAAUCAGCAUGCUGAAGAAAUGGCCAGACAUGAAAAACAAGCUGAACAUUUGUCUAAACCAGGCCCUCCCUCUUCCUCUAAGAAUGGUAGCCUGGAGGCUCUACCUCGUCAAUAACAGAGUAAGAAAGCACUAUGUGGACCAGCUUAACAGCAACCCGAGGGCAGCCAUCUCCCCAUAUGACCUUGAGAUCACUCAGACGUGUGAGGCACUCAUCAAUACGGAGCCGACCUUUGCUGACCUCAAAGGAUCUGUAGGGUCAUUUUAUGCGAUGAAGGCUGUUUUAUCGUACUACCACGCCUCUCUGAAGACCAAGAAUAGACUACGUGACGUUGACUAUCUCCUUGUCGUACCUUUUGUCAAAGUUAAUGAUUCAAACAUGCCAAAACGUGAGCCGCCGGCUGGUCGCACGAUUGCAGCGUUGGUGGAACAGUACAUAUCAUACAUGGAAUCUCGACCUGGCUUUGUUACCGAUACUGGUUCAGAUAAACAUGAGGAUGAGAUGGCUGCCUUCGUGGAUAAGAUAGGUAAAGAACUACAGCUGAAGUUUCCGAGCGUGGCCAAGGCUGUCGUCAACAAUGUCGUCAGUACCAAGGAAAAGAUUGUGGAAACGGAGACUGGUAAAUACGCCCUGCUGAUGGAAGGACUAACCUCACUGGUCCGACCUGUCAUACGCAGCAUGUUUGUCACCUACCUGAACUUUGACACGCUCCUGUACGUGUGGGACCAGUAUAUGAUUGGCUCCAACACGCCAGGGUUUCACACAGAGUGGCUGGCCAACGUCACACUGGUGUUUCUGGGACUUCUCAGGGAAAAACUCAAGGAUGCAGAUUCGGCAGCUGCAAUGGAAAAAGUACUGAAGACAGAAGGACCGAGGUUGAUGAUACCACAGUUUCAAUACGAGGUAAAGACCGACCACUACAAGGGACUGUACUCCAUGUUACAACAAGAUCAGAAGGCAGCCAUGCCAGUCCUGGAUCCCACACAGUCCGAGCACCCACCAUGGCGUCACUGGUACAAUGAUGUCAUACCGCCAUACACCAAACCCCAGGAACGGCGACGUGCCCGAGAGGAGCGGGAAGCAGAGCGAGAGAGAAUGGCCCGCAUGCAGAAGGACAAUGAGAUCAGCAAGCGUGAACAGGCAAUCAAGGAACGAAGCCAAUCUUCCCUAUCACGUUCUGAACCGCCCAUUAUGGAGGAGGAUGAUGAUUACCAGAGGAUGGCAGCCGGAGAAAGACAGAGGUUAGAAACGGAGAGGAUGAAGCUGGAGGAAAUGGUCCAGGAGGAGCGGAGGAAGAGGCUACAGGCUGAACAAAGAGCCCGGGAACAGAUUGACCGUCUUCAGAUGGAAGUGGCUGCCUUAAGUCACUCUAAACCUAGAUCACGUGCCUCCACAACCAGAUCCUCAGCUGUUAUCAGUCGGUUCUGUGUGGCUCCCCCACCCACACGUGUAUCUUCGCCAGAACUACUCCCUCCGAUAAUGGAGAAUAAGCGAGCGCCAACCCCUGCCGCAUCUCCUGACAACCAGACACGAGAGGUCCUCAUAGACUUCCUACAGAGGGUCAAGCUGGGAGCGGACAAAAUUGCCCAUGGCCAGGGAGAGGAAAAGGCUGAACUGGACAAAGAGACAGACGGCUACCUCCAACAGAAUGUCAAGGACAUCAAACGGGCACAGAGAGAUAUACUUGGCCACACGUUAAAGCCAGGAGAAUUUGACCGGAUGUCACCCACAUCACAGCAGAACAUCAGCGAACAGAUGAUGAAGAUGAUGCAGAAAUGGAGAGAGGAUAGAAGAGCCAGGGAACUUCAGCAGACACCCGGCAGUCGUAAAAACUCCAGGCUCGCCAACAGAUAGAUGUCCAGGUGUUAUGAAAUUGCUACAGUAACCCAAGUCACUGAAGACAGUAAGGGUGUUAUAGAAAGUCCAGAAAACUCUAUGACAACAAACACCAGUUGAGUCAGGAUUUAUGUGGGAGGGUUCUGCUUAAAGCUUGACCAGUGUGUAAGAGACAAUUACCUUGUACAGAUUUCUUGAAAAAAACUUCUGAUUGGACUUGUUCAAAAUUAGUGUUUGUCAGAAAAAUCAUAAAAAACCUGUGUAUUGAUGAAUGUAUUUCAGACUAAAAUUUCAGUUGUAUCAGGUAUAUAUCCUUACUGUUAACAAAGUAACACAGAGGUAAGUCACGGGUCCACAGUACCAUGACACUCAAAACAAUCAAUCACUGUUUCUUCCACAAUUCUCAGCAAGUGCUAUUAAAAUAUUUAUUUAUAUAUACAGAGUUUACACAUAUUACUAGAGUAGAGAUGUAAUUGGUUCCAAAUGCCAAAACCAAUUAUAUUUUAUCACUACUUACGUAGAAAAUGAUCAACUUUUGUCAAAAUAUUUACCAUAUUUAUCCAGCAAUAAGCCCAUGCCUGGCAAUAAGCCCACCCAUAUAUAUUGCAGUUCAGUGGAAAUGCCAACAAAUACUAUUUCUUUGUUUUUUAAUAAGCCCACCCCCGUACUUCAUCGUAGACGGAGUCGGAGACGGAGAUGGAGAUUAUGUGUUGAACCCCUGGGCUUAUUGCAGGAUAGAUACGGUACUACAUGUAAUUCCAAUAGAUACAGGCAGUUAUUUUUAUGUAAUGAACUGUGUUUUAUCCUGUUAAUGUUAAGAGUCACAGUCACCAAUCAUAGACUGUAGGUCUGUAACCUUAUUUGUAUAUGUUUGAGAGUGGACAAGUAUUGAUAUAUAGAUUGAUAGCUCUCCUUCCUAAAGAUGCCGGGAUAUAGAUUUAUUUACUGCUGAUCAUAUAGAUUAGCAAGUGUAUAGUACUGUCAGUACUGUCCCUUGGAUUAUGUUCAAAUCUAGAGAUUGAUCCAGGAGUUUGUCUAGGAGCAAAGGGAUGUGUGUGACUGGGGUAGGC